AUUCAUGUGUCUUGCCCCCCCCCCCCCCCCCCCCCCCCCCCAAAAAAAAAACAAUAAAAACAAGAGAAAAAAAAAUCUGAUUCCAGUGCAGCGUCUCAGUUCUUCUGAGUUCUGAGCCCCUUUUAUUACAAUCGAGUAGAGCAGAGACCUAACAACAAUCAUACUAUCAGUAAUUACGUACAUACACAUAUAGAUACACAUGGCUCAGUUCUGGAAACCAGGUACUGAGAGGCCACCUCUCCUCGACGACGACGAAGGAGGCAUUCUUCUCUAUUCUGCGUCUUCCUCCUCAUCUGGAUAUGGGUAUGUUAGCAUAGAGAAACAAAGGCAGAGACUCCCUGUGUUCAAGUACCGGACGGCCAUUCUGUACCUGGUUGAGACACGCGCCACCACCAUUGUCGUUGGCGAAACUGGAAGCGGCAAGACUACCCAAAUCCCUCAGUUCCUCAGAGAAGCAGGUUGGGCUGAUGGUGGGCGUGUGAUUGCUUGCACUCAACCGAGACGCUUAGCUGUUCAGGCAGUGGCUUCAAGGGUGGCUGAAGAAAUGGGUGUCAAGCUUGGGGAAGAAGUUGGCUAUACAAUUCGAUUUGAAGAUCUAACGAAUAGAGACUCGACUAAGAUCAAAUUUCUCACCGAUGGGGUGCUACUAAGAGAGAUGAUGGAAGAUCCUCUCCUGACCAAGUAUAGUGUCAUAAUGGUUGAUGAAGCACAUGAGCGGUCUAUUUCGACUGACGUGUUAUUAGGUCUCCUGAAAAAGAUCCAACGGCGUCGACCUGAACUGCGUCUGAUUAUCUCGUCUGCUACUAUCGAAGCAAAAUCGAUGGCUGCUUUUUUUCAUACCAGCAAAAAGCGCCGAGGGUUGGAAGGUGAAGAUUGUGUACCAAAGACAGAGCCUGCCAUAUUGUCAGUUGAGGGUAGAGGAUUUAACGUCCAGAUAUUUUACGUAGAGGAGCCUGUUUCUGACUAUAUCCAAGCAGCCGUUUCAACAGUAAUGUCAAUUCAUGAUCAGGAACCAAUGGGCGAUAUCCUUGUAUUCCUUACUGGUCAAGAUGAUAUUGAUGCCGCAGUUCGGUUGCUUACAGAAGAAGCUCAAAAUAACAGAAAGUCUUCCUCAGGAUUGGUUGUUUUGCCUUUGUAUUCAGGACUUUCACGUGCAGACCAGGACCUUGUAUUUUCCCCUAUUCCCAGAGGUAAAAGGAAAGUGGUGAUAUCAACAAAUAUUGCAGAGACCUCGUUGACUUUGGAGGGUGUUUCCUAUGUCGUAGACAGUGGGUUCUCCAAACAGCGGUUCUACAACCCGAUAUCCGAUAUUGAAAACUUGGUGGUUGCACCGAUAUCCAAAGCAUCUGCUAGACAAAGGGCUGGUAGAGCUGGAAGAGUAAGACCUGGAAAGUGCUACAGGCUGUAUUCAGAAGAGUAUUUUGUCAAAGAAAUGUCUGCUGAGGGGAUACCAGAGAUGCAGAGAUCAAAUCUUGUUUCUUGCGUGAUUCAGUUAAAGGCCUUAGGCAUAGACAACAUUCUAGGCUUUGAUUGGCCUGCAUCUCCAUCGCCUGAAGCAAUGAUCAGAGCUCUUGAAGUACUAUAUUCACUUGGAGUCCUUGAUGAUGAUGCCAAACUUACUUCACCUGCUGGAUUCCAAGUUGCAGAGAUACCAUUAGACCCAAUGGUCUCAAAAAUGAUCCUAGCUUCAAACCAGCUUGGCUGCUCCGAGGAAAUCAUCACUAUUGCUGCUAUUCUUUCCAUUCAGUCUAUCUGGAUUUCUGUUAGGGGGCAACAAAAGGAUCUGGAUGAAGCCAAGUUGAGGUUUGCUGCUGCUGAGGGUGAUCAUGUGACCUUCCUAAAUGUUUACAAAGGAUUUCUUCGGUCUGGCAAAUCCCCGAAGUGGUGUAAUAAGAACUUUGUAAACUACCAGGCAAUGCGUAAGGUUGUUGAAAUUAGAGAGCAACUCAAAAGAAUAGCGCAACGGAUAGGCAUAGUCUUGAAAUCCUGUGAAAGUGAUAUGCAGGUGGUAAGAAAGGCAGUUACUGCUGGCUUUUUUGCUAAUGCUUGUAAUUUGGAAGCAUUCAGUCACAAUGGCAUGUACAAGACUAUAAGAAGUUCCCAAGAAGUUUAUAUUCACCCCUCAUCUGUCUUAUUCAGGGUUAAUCCAAAGUGGGUUAUAUACAAUUCUCUUGUCUCGACUGAUCGUCAAUACAUGCGAAAUGUCAUCUCUAUCGACCCCUCUUGGCUGAUAGAGGCUGCUCCGCAUUUUUACCAGCACCACCACCCCAAUUCUAUUCCUCAUUGACAGAUUCUUGUAUAGAUCGAUGGAGGCUGCCCGACAUUUUCAGAGAAACAGCGAGCUAAGAAGUAUUUUGUUUUUCAAAGUGCAAUGAAGGAAGGAUAUGUUUACAUUGUGUUUCAGAUUAUUGUCUUGAUAAACUCAUGUAUGAUGUUAUAUAAACUGGUACCGCUUGGGAUUGGGAUGGCUGUACAAAUAGAUUUUAACGGAUGGGUUUAGAUAGAUUAUGUUUCAGAUUAUUGAUUCUGAAUUACAGUCGAAGCGGAUAAAUUUAUUAAAACUAUGAUUGAUUUGCAGCAAAAA